AUGCUGAAGAGAAGCGUUCGGUCGGCCCUGAUCGCUCCCUCGAGUUCCAGUCAUCUAAACUCAUCCAAGGUCUACGAGGCCAGCGUUCUGCACCACAAAACCAGCAAAAACCAAAUCUAUUUGCUGCUGUCUAAACAGUGCUGCUCCGAUAUGGCUCUCAAAAGUGGUGAAUCAUAUCAAAUGGAGGUGCAGUUCCAGCUGGACCGCCUCUCGUUCUGCACCAUGCACAAAGCCGUAGACCUCCUUCCCGACACGUCCAGAGUUGUACCAGACCUUUCUAACUGCGCGGUUCCCGUCAGUAAUGUUUCCUGUGAGCUCAACUCGAAGCAGAAGUCGGCAGUUGACUUUAUCCUGGGGACCUGUGAUGGGAAGAAGCCGAUGGUGGCACCUCUCCUCAUCUACGGACCCUUUGGAACGGGGAAGACUUUGACCCUGGCUACAGCAGCCAGGGAGCUUUGUAAGCACCCCCACAACAAGGUGCUGAUUUGCACCUACACCAACAGCUCUGCAGAUCUGUAUGUCAGAGAUCACUUCCAUCCAUUCAUUAGCAAGAAAAACAAUGGCCUGAAGCCAGUUCGAAUUAAAGCAAACAAACACGGGAAUGCUUUGGCUGCCACGGAUGAAACCACUCUGAGAUACUGCUCUCUCUCAGAAGAUAAACAGCAUUUUCUACUACCUACAAAGGCCAUCCUGCGCGAUCACAACAUAGUCAUAACAACCACAUCAAUGGCAAAACACUUCCAUGGCCUGGGGCUUGCAGAGGGGUUCUUCACCCACAUUCUCAUCGAUGAAGCCUCUCAGAUGCUGGAAUGUGAAGCUUUGCUGGCUCUCGCUCUCGCUGGACCAAACACUCGCAUCGUUCUGGCUGGCGAUCACAUGCAAAUGGGACCUCAGCUUUUCUCAGUGGACGAGCACCGCCGGUCCGAUUACACAAUACUCACUCGCUUGUUCCACUACUAUCAAGGCCAGAAGUGUGACGCUGCCCAGAAGAGCCGGAUUAUUUUCAGCGACAAUUAUCGCUCGACGACAGAAAUCGUGGAAUUUGUCUCCACUCAUUUCUACGUCGGUAAAAAUGACGCCAUCAGAGCUGCGGGAAACAUUCCCACUCCCUCGAAUGGCCACGCCCUGAAGUUCCAUCAUGUCAGGGGGGAAUGUCUCCUGGAUGCUGGGACCAUGUCCUGGUUCAACAAACAGGAGGUUGCUGAGGUGGUGAAAGCCGUGAAAGAUGUUCUCAAAGACUGGCCAUCAACCUGGGGGCCCAAGAGCCUGAAUUCCGUCUGUAUUCUGUCUGAGGGCUCUCAGGUUCGACAGAUACGAAUGGCACUUCGAAGAAGCCUCUCUGAAGUCAAUGUUGAAACCAUUUCGAAUGUGCAAGGUGCAAAUCAGCACCUUGUUGAGGGGGUGCUUACAAAGCUCCCUGGCUGCUGUAGCCAGGGUCAAAGUCUUCCCCGUUCCAAAGGGUCCGUAGAUGAGGAGAGGUGCCACCACCGGCUUCUUCCCAUCACAGGUCCCCAGGAUAAAGUCAACUGCCGACUUCUGCUUCGAGUUGAGCUCACAGGAAACCUUACUGACGGGAACCGCGCAGUUAGAAAGGUCCGGUACCACUCUGGACGUGUCGGGAAGGAGGUCUACGGCUUUGUGCAUGGUGCAGAACGAGAGGCGGUCCACCUGGAACUGCACCUCCAUUUGGUGUGA